AUGGUACCGACAACACUACCAAUAUCUCUAUCGAGUAUUCGGCAGCCUAAAGAUUUUUCUCCUUAUGUAAUUCAAUAUAAAGAAGAACUCAAAAGGAAUUCACCUCAUAAUAUUCGUGAUCACAAUCUUCGUGAAAAAGUUAUUAUUCUUAAUGCUGCCAAGGCUUAUCGAGAUAAACUUGAAUCCAAGAGCAAGAC